AUGGCGAACGACAUGUCGGAAGCACUCGCACAACUAAAUAUUUCAAACAAACUUCCUCAACAAUUAACAAAGGAAGACAUUAUAAACAAACACCUACCCACGGUUGGCCACUGGGAAGAUUUUUACUACAGAUACUCUCAGUCGAUGGGGUUUAGUGUUAGAAAAGAAGAUGUCCGUCGGGACAAUGAAAAUAAAGAGUGGCAAAGAAAAUGGGUUUGUUCUAAUCAAGGGUUUAGGCGAGAAAAGUGGACAAACCUAAAGAACCGUAAGAAAAAACCUCGGGUUGUUACUCACACAGGGUGCCUAGCACUACUGCGCGUGAAGUUCGAUAAGUCUGAAAAUAGUUGGGUGGUGAAAGACUUUAACCCAACACAUAAUCAUGACCUUGCUUUGAAGACAGAUAUGCAGUUCUUGAGAUCUAACCGUGCUGUCCCAGAUUGUAUGGGUGCCCAAGUAAUGUCAAUGAGACGAUCGGGCAUACGGACUUGCCACAUAUUGAAUCACCUUGCUGCAGAAAAAGGAGGACAUGAGUAUGUUCCGUUCUUGAAAAAGGACCUACACAAUUGGAUUGGACGACAAAGAGAGUUAGAAGAGGAGGACAAAACAGAUGCUGAGGGUGCCCUGGGAUACUUGGAAUGUCUUGGGUUACGUGACCCCAAUUUUUUUGAAACACACAUGAUAGACGCGGAGUAUAGGCUCACUGACUUGUUCUGGGUCGAUGGAAUAUCGAGAGAUGACUUUGGACAUUUUAGGGAGAUCAUCGCAUUUGACACAACAUACAAGAAGAAUGCGUACAACAAACCCCUUCUCAUUUUUUUCGGCGUGAAUCACCACUUCAGAACUAUUGUAUUUGCAGUUGCAUUGUUGUACGAUGAGAAGGAGGACACAUACAUUUGGUUGUUGGAAGAAUUCCUUCAAUGUAUGAACAACAAAUUGCCUCAGGUUGUUGUCACUGACGGAGAUAAAGCUAUGGCUAAAGCAAUAGAGAAAGUCAUGCCUUAUGUUGUCCAUCGUUUGUGUGCGUGGCACCUUCAGAAAAAUGUUACCAUUAAUGUCCCUCACCCGAUUUUCAAGACAAGGCUUAAUGAGCUCCUAUAUCAAUAUUGUACAGAGGAAGAGUUUGACCAGACUUGGAGUGGCUUGGUUACAGAAUUUCAACUACAAGAUAGCCAAUGGGCAGCCAUAACAUACAUCAAUAGAAGGAGUUGGGCAGAAUGCUUCCUACGGGGUAAUUUCUUUGCGGGCCUCAGAACCACCCAAAGGUGGGAGUCGAUGAAUUCUUACCUGUCACACUUCUUGACAAGCAAACUUAAACUUAAAGACCUUGUUGGCCAAGUUGAUAAAGCCAUACAAAGCAUACGCAUCACGGAACGCGAAGAUGACUUCAUCAGCAACAACACAUCGCCCCAGUUCCCUUCCAAUGUACUACAACAGUAUUACCAGCAAGUUGCUUCAGUUUUGACGAGAAACAUGUACGAUAAGGUCGCACAACAAAUCGACAAUGCUCUUGCAUACUCAAUUUAUUCGACAAGUGUGGAAUUUGGGUGCAGGUUGCAUGUUAUUCCAGUCAGAGGGAAUCCCGUGUCGACAUAUGUUUGCGGUAAUGAAGCAUUUGAACCUACCCUGCAUCCCAAAACCUCUGUUAAAGGAACAGUGGAGGAAGGACGCCAAAUUGAGAGGUGA